CCGAGCGCCUGUGCACUCCGCGGUACAGGCUCUCCCCCGGCACGCCUGAAGGGCGGGUGGGAGUGGGGUCCGUAAUUUUCCUAGUGUUCCAAGGAGCGCAGGGAAGCCACGCGGGGUCGGACUUGCGCUUGCUCGCCCGCCGACCAUGCCCGCGGGCGUGUCCUGGACCACCUACCUGAAAAUGGUCACUGCCAGCCUCCUAGCCAUGUUCGCUGGGGCCCAAGUGGUGCACAGGUACUACCUGCCGGACCUGACAAUACCUGAUAUUCCACCAAAGCGUGGAGAACUCAAAACGGAGCUGUUGGGACUGAAAGAGAGACAACACAAACCUCAAGUUUCUCAGCAGUAGAAACCUCAAACUACAACUCUGCCAAGAACUCUGUGAACAAUAUUACAAGUCUUAAAUAUAUAUUUUUGAAAUUUAUUGAGUCAAUCUACUUGUCCUUAUGCACCUAAAACAAUGCUGACUAUAAGAGCAGGUGCUCAGUAGAUAUUAACUAAUGCAUUGAUAUUUAUUUAUGAUUUAACCAAUGUUUCUUGACAACUGCCAAAGCUUAUAUAUAUCAUCAGCUUCUUGAAUAUGGUUUGGCAGAUAUUUAGUUGUGAAUAUCAUGUGAGAUAAGAGUAUUUGCCAGGACUCCUGCCCUUAUAAUUCUAGAUUGUUUCUCUGAAUAAACUUGACAUAACAGCAAAUAGGAAUUAUAAAUUAACUAUAAUAAAAGUGACAUUGACAAUGCAUAUGGUGAUAAGUUAAUGUUUCUCUAAAUAUUGGAAAAUACUAUUUGUUAAUUAACAAACUAAGUUGAAUUAAGUUAAAAUAUUUAAAGUUUGAAGUUGGAAUUGUGUACAUAACAAAACUAUAACAGUUGUGACUUGGAUUGUCACAAUUUCUUUACCCCCAAAUUUAAUAAACCAUGUUAGUAUUUAAUUUUUCUUAUAAAAUGUAUUUAAAGAUAACUGAAAAACUUAAAUGAGCACGUUAUGGGUUUUGACUCGUAUCCCUCCCCCAAAAAAGAAAUUGAAAUCCCUAGUACAGGUGAAAGUGACCUUAUUUGGGAAUAGGGUGUCUGCAAAUGUAAGAGUUAAGGGGAGGUCAUUAGGGUGGGCUCCAAUCCAAUACGCAUCGUGUCUUUAAAAGAAGAGGAAAAUGCCAUUUAAAGACACACACAGGGAGAACGCCAUGUGACAACAGAAGCAAAAAUUGGAGUGAUGCAGCUACAAGCCAGGGAGCACCACGGACAGGGCCACCAGCAGAAGCUGGGAGGAGUCAAAGAAGGAUGUUACCCAGAGUCUCAGAGUAUGGCCUGCUGACACCGGGAUUUCAGACUUCUGGCCUCCAGAACUGUGAGAGAAUACAUUUCUGUUCUAAGCCACCCAGUUUGUGGUCCUUUGUUGUGGCAGCCCUAGGAAAUUAAUACAAACAUUUCAACACAUUUCUGAGUCUAAAUACAGGACAAAAGUAAUUGAUAGAGCAGUUGGCUUUCUUGUCAGUGCUAUUUUUCCAACAGAAGUUUUUUAGAAUUCUGCAUUCUUAACGAUAAUGCAGGCUUACUUCUUAUCCAGUUAGCAAAUUGCUGCAUGAUGUAGAUCUUUAGUGUUGAAAUCUUAAAAAUAGUAAAUCCCUAAAUAGAAGCACAACACUUUUGUUUUACUCUCCAUAGUAAAUACCCUUUUCAGUUUAAUAGCAUAAAGCAACUAAAUGAAAUGGCUUAUUUCCAGCCUUAUAUACAAGCUCUUUGUUUUCUGCUGCCAUGUCACUUGGUACCGUAUCAUAUGCUUUCAGCACAAAAAGGAUCUCCGAUUGUCAAUGACAGAUGAGCAGUAGCCCACCCUAGGGAAAGGGUCGGGAUUCUCUCGUAGAAGAUGGAAUUUUUAGUUGAGACUGCUUGCUCUUUGCUAGUAUUUUAUUUACUGUGAACUUGUACAUGAGACGUAUCUUCUCUAGAUCAAAUUUUCAUAGCUACCAUUACUUGAAUAUUUUUCUUGGAAAAAAAAUUGUAUAACUUUACAAAUGGUGAAGCUUGCUACAGCUGCCAUUGCAAGGGCUUUGUGUCAGACGGGAAGAAGUUUGACUUCUUUUUUAAUUCAAAGAAUUUAAAAAUGGGUUUCUAAACACUAAUUCAGUAAUUCUAAUCUGGGUGCCUAACUUCCUCAAAGAGUUGGAAUUCCAAAGGUUUCAGAAAAGAUACUUGAUUUAGUACAAAUCAACAAUAAAAUCAUUUUUUAACUCUGAACUAGUUUCAGCAAUUGAAUUUGCUAGGUGGGGUUUUUCUCAUUGCUAACAUUUUCAAAUUCUAGUUCUCCACACUUUAGUACAUGAAUGCCAAAUUGGUGAGCUCUGACAAUGCAUUUUGUAGAUACCAGUGAGGAGCUCCUCAAUCCAUUCCAGAUGAAAGGCUGGGGCAUUGCUCACCCUUUGCAUGAAGGACUCGCCCCUGGGGCACAAGGGGAGGACCCUCCUGCCAUGGAUGAAUGCAGUGGACCAUACUUUAAAAGCACCCCCCAUACCUUUCUUUUAUAGGUACAGAGUGAUUGGUCUGGCUAUUGAGGAAGAGUCAUGAUUUGAACCCAACUCUCCAAUAAGAAUGGCUUCAUGAAGGUGAAAAAUUAAUUUUAUAGUUAAAAUCUUACCUAAAGUAAAAUUAAAAUCUUAGCUAAAGUAAAAAUGCCAUUAUUUCAAUAAGUGCUGAUUCUAAGUGACUUUCACCAAGAUAUAGUUUUCCUUUUUUGAAGUUGACCUUCAUUAUGAAAAAUAUACAUUGUGGUGGGUGUAGGAAUGUGUCAUCCAGAUUCACCAAGGAAAGGCUUGUGGCCCCAGUGCUCAGAGCAGCCUUUAGUUGUCAGCUCAUCAGGAUUGUCCUAGCUAGCUGGCAUUGUUCAGGGCCACCUGGAGGGGCCAUCUAAUGACUGA